GUUUAAUUAAAGUUCAUUCCAUUUUUAUUUUCUUUGGCUAAUCAGUUGCUAUUUAUAUACAAUAUAAAUGAUAUUUGUGGCUCCAUGCACGUAUAUAGCUGAGAGUAAUUAAGAUGAAUAGAGUGAAAAAAAGGCAAGAAAAUAGUGAAACUAUGGAAGAAAUUAAAACUAUGUCCAAAGAGGAAAAUGAAGAAGACUUAAUUCUUCCAGGAUUUCGAUUUCAUCCAACUGAUGAAGAGCUUGUUGGGUUUUAUCUACGACGCAAAGUGGAAAAUAAAAGAAUCAAUAUCGAACUUAUCAAACACAUUGAAAUCUACAAAUAUGAUCCAUGGGAUCUUCCAAAGGUUGGGGAUAAAGAAAUGUACUAUUUCUGCAUGAGGGGAAGAAAAUACAAGAACAGUGUAAGACCAAAUAGAGUAACAUGUUCUGGAUUUUGGAAAGCAACUGGUAUUGACAAGCCUGUUUAUAAUUCUACUAUUAUUAUUGGCCUCAAGAAAUGCUUAGUUUAUUAUAGAGGAAGUGCUGGGAAAGGCACAAAAACUGAUUGGAUGAUGCAUGAGUUUCGUCUCCCACCAACUUCCAAUACUAAUCACCAAGCUGAAGUUUGGACCCUAUGUAGAAUAUUCAAGAGGACUAACAAGAGAUCAUCAUACAGUACACAAGAAGUGAAGCAUCCAGUAAUUAGCUAUGGGGAUGCAAGUUCUAAAGCAUGUAGCCUGGAAUCUGAUGAGAACAAUACUGAUCAUGACCAUUCCACCAGCUUUAAAGAUAUGUCUUUUCAACAACAAAAUAAUAAUGCAGCUCAAAUGGAUGAAAUUAGGAACCCUCAUUUCUAUAUCAACCAACAAAAUCUAAUAUCUCAUGAGUCUACAAUAUUCCCAUCAUCAAGCUCAAGCUUUUGGACCACAAAUAGUACUCAAGAGGAGUACGUGUUUAGUGAUCAUGGGAAUAAAUGGGAUGACCUCAAAUCAAUAGUUGACUUAGCAACAAUGAUGUAAGAUGGGGGCAAAAAAUGGUGAGCAUUAGUGGUAUACGCAGAAUUUUACUCAAGUGGUAUUGAUCGGGCUUAGGCUAUUUGGUAAUGUGGUGAUUCUAAUACUUUUAUUCUUGUAUCCAUCUUUUUCAAGUUUUAUUGAUCUAUUUCAUAUGUAUAUAUUAUUAUUUUUUAAAAUAAUAAGUACUAUUUACAUAUA